AUGGACCUCCGUUUGGACACCCUGCGUUCAGAGGACGUCCUCCACAUCCUCGGGGCCGUGGCGUACCUCUCCCUCCACCUCCGCGACCCUUCUUUCCCCGGGGCCCUAGGGGCUACCACAAUGGACCGGUCUCUCCCCCGCCUCAUCCCCCACAUGGCAGAGGCCAGAGGUGGCCAGGGCCGCCUAGUGGCUGGCGCUUUUAGCAUAGCCAUCACAAAAUGA